AUGUGCGCUAUGGCAACAGCCUACAGAGACGUGCACAUGAGGCGAGCCCAUAUCAAGGGAAGCCAGCCAGGUAGAGUAGAGCAGAGGCAGCCAGCGCCGCCAAGGGUCACCGUCGCCUUCCUGCAUAGAACACAACGUUACUCAUGAUGAAUCAAAGAAAAUCGGCGCUAAACCACUUGGUACAAACGGAAGGGCGGAAAGUCAUGUACGAAGUGACUAUCAGACUGUACCAAGGCGGCACCCGCCGGCCUGACCGCUACUGGCACGACCUUUAUGGCAACAACAACAACAACCAGACCUUCACCAAGUAUUUCUAUUCCAUUCAGCAAACACAAUUGAAAUCUGAUUACCAACCGAAUGAUUAUGAUAUCAAGAAUGCUGCCAAAACAUUUGACAAUUUUUCAGAUGAAAUCGUGGUGGCGCUGAUGUGGCGCCCCCGCUGUUGGCCAGUUGCCACUCCCAUCAGGAAGCCACUUCCAUCAGGACGUCUGCUAUGUUUGGUGCAAGCAGAAAAUUGGCACUUUUUAAGUGGCAUGACGCUGUGCAGGAGGAAGGGCAGAGUGUGAUGAAACAUGUGACCAGCAGUCUGUACCAGGGCGGCCGCCUGAGACCCGACUACUACUGGCAGUCACUUUACCCCAAGGACUCCUUCGAAACACAUUUUACAUCUCACCAGCAAUCUAUUAUCAAAUCCUAUAACCCACCAACAAAUUAUAUUAUUAAUUUUGCUUCUGAUGGUUAUGAUAUAAGCUUACAUUGGGCAAUUCAAAAGAAACUUUGUGGGCUGAAACAGACUGAUUUGCUUUAUCGCAAGUUAAAUGAGCUCGUCAACAUUAGGAACAUAGAUUCUCAUCGUACAGAUUACUCUGGUAUGUCAAAUGGUGAAUUAAGAGAAAAUCUUGAAGAAUUGCUUGAGUUGUGCAUGAGUAUCUUUACUCUUCUUGAGGAGUACCCUGGUGAUCAUUCACGCGUAAAGAUGCGCGUUGUAGAGAGUAUUAGUAAUAGAAUACAUGACUCAGACCAGGAUGGUUUCCAGGCCACUCCAGCCACGACUCACUAUCCUCGAGUUACUAACAUGAGCAGAAUGAAGGAGGAGGAGGAGGAUGAUGAUGAACAACUUAGUAGCAUGGGCAAGGUGGCCGUCGGGGUGGGUGUGGCAGGAGUUGGGAUUCUUGCACUGGGAGCUCUGGCCAAUCAUUUAAUGGGCGACGGAAAUAACAGAAAACCAGAAUCGAAAAAGAACAAAACUUCCAAUAAGGAGGAGGAGGAAUGUAGUGUUAUGUGAUCAAUGAUUAACGUAAGAUUCUGCAGAGACUUUGUUGCAGAGGAAACGUACACUUGACAAUUUCUACUUGUUCUUGCUUAGAAUUUGCUAUAGUAUCUACCUGGCUUGGGGCUUGAUUUUUUAUAAUUACUUGUUUAUGAUUAUAGUAGGAAACUUUAUGCUCGGUACCUGCAUGGCGGUACCAUAUGGUCAGAUGGAUUUAGACAUGUCUUUAAUGCUGUCUGCCCCUACUUCUUAUUCCGUCUUCUUAUACCUGCUCGCCCACUGGGGUAUCUUGUCCUGCAUCUAUGUCUGGCGUGGGUAAACGGAACUGGCGGGUCUCUUAGUAUAUUUAAUGACCCAUAUUUGACAACUACAAAGUGUUAACCAAAAAAUUUUACUUCAGUUUUUAUACACAAACUUUAUCACUAUUAUUCUAAAGUUUUAUUCAGUAAGCUUGGGUUCAGUACUUUUUAUCAUCGCUUAAAAUAGCUUUAGCUUAAGGAUUUUAAAAAUGGAACAUUUAUAAAAAUAAAUGUCAGAAGAC